GUCUAAAUAUGAAUUUCAGGCAGAAUUUCUCGUAUGAUUGAAGUGAGGUCAUCAUGGACUUUGACCCUGAAUCUUGGGAGUCAAGUGCAGAAACAGAUAGAUUAAACCAGGAUCUGUUUGGAAAGCAUCGCCUUUCUCCCAAAAAAGGAAAAGACCAGAAAAGGCAGAUGAAACAGAGGAUAGGAGGAGACACAGAUGAGUAUGAAGCAGCUGAGAAGAUGUCUCAUGUAAAGAAGAAGGGGAAGAAAAGAAAACAUGAGGCUACCAGCAGUGAUGACAUUUCAACCAAGAAAAUGAAGAACAUGGUAGACAUUGAGGGUUCUAUGUCUGAAGGAUUCAAGAUCUUAAAAACCAAAAAGAAGGGAAAGAAAAGCUGUGAUGCUGUCAACAGUGAUGGUAAUUCUAAAACAGUGAAAGAGGGAGUAGGGAAUAUGGAUUUUGUGUCUGAAAAUACUAUAAAAUCUAACACCAAGAGGGGAAAGAAAACAAAACAUAAAUCAGUUUUCAUGGAUGGCAAUGCUACGACAAAGAAAAGGAGUGUAGAAAAUAUGGAUACUGUGUUAAAAAGCAAUGAUUCAGAAACAAGAGGGGAAAAGAAGAGAAAAAACAGGAAUAAUAAAAACAAAUUCAAAACAGAAAGUCCUCUGACACAAAAUCCUGGUGGGAAAAAUUUCCAAAAGAGAGACAUUAAAGAAAAAAUUCCCUGUGAUUCAAAUGUGACAUUAGUAACUCAUGAAAAUGUUAGUAAAACCCAGAAAACUGAUGAAAAUCUAAAAGGCAAAAAGGUUAAACAUUUACAUGAGGCACUGCCAAUAAGUGUUUGUGAUGUCACCGAACAAACUAGUCAAGAGAUAGAAAAGUUAGAGUCCAGUGAUAGUAAAGGUAACAGACUUGCAGAGGUCAAAGGGAAGAAGAAAAUCAAACCAAAAGCUGACAGCAGCAGGCCUCGGAGGUCAAAACAUAGUGACAUCACAAGCAAGGAACAAGAUUCAUUAAUCACUGUUUCAAGGAGUUCUAAUAGAAAGGUGAAGAAAAAGACAUUCAACACAGCUAUACUGUCAGGUAUUUUGGCUGCAGAUUCGGAAUCAAAGAAGGUGAAAAGUAAAGAUAAACUUAAUGAAAUAGGUAAAAAGGAGGAUAUGUCUGAACCUCAAGCAAAGAAAAAGAAGAAAAAGAAAAAUAACAAAAUGGAGGAACACCCUUCUGAGAAAGAAUGUUCUCCCACGUCUCUCUCACUAAAGGAGGAAAAUCCCCCGAAGCCUCAGUCCCUCAAGGAGAGAUUGAUGGAGCAGCUGAACUCUGCCCGGUUCCGUUACAUCAAUGAGCAGCUGUACACACACUCAGGUCAGGAGGCCCAGGAGAUGUUUGCUGAGGAUGAAGAGGCGUUCCAGGUCUACCAUCAAGGCUUCCAGACCCAGGUCAACAAAUGGCCGGUCAAUCCAGUGGACAUGAUCAUACAGGAUAUAAAUAAACUACCUCGUAACAAAGUAGUGGCUGACUUUGGUUGUGGAGAUGCUAAAAUUGCUAGAGGUGUUCCACAGAAAGUGCACUCAUUUGAUCUGGUUGCACUGAAUGACCACGUUACAGCAUGUGAUAUGUCUCAUGUUCCCCUUGACAGUGGAAGUGUGGAUAUAGCAGUUUUCUGUCUCUCCCUAAUGGGGACGAAUCUCACAGAUUAUCUGGCUGAGGCCCAAAGAGUUCUUAAAAUGGGGGGGCGUCUGAAGAUUGCUGAGGUGGCCAGUAGAUUCCAAAGUCUUCCUCAAUUUCUAAUUAAUAUUGAACAGUUUGGCUUUUACCAAGAGUCAAAGGAUACAUCUAACAAGAUGUUCUACUUGUUUAAUUUCAAGAAAACAGGAAAACCAAAAUCCAAACUUCCAGCUGUGACUCUUCAACCGUGCAUGUACAAGAAAAGAUAGCACAGAAUAAAAUCCUUAUAUAAAAUCAUUUUAUUUAUCACUCAUUAAUAAAUAAUGUAAAAACAAAACAAAUAUUGUU